CCAGCUCGAAGUGCCACGACUUCACAGCAGACCACGGAUUCUCCAGCGGAGUGAGGGGGAGAGCACUGGGAAAAAAGCUAGUUAGCUAGAUAGCUGGGCAAAUAGGUAGCUUUGCACAGAAGUCACUUCGUCUAACAGUCAAAGCUUUUUGUCCUCUCUCCGUUCCCUUUGAAGCAAGCAGACGAAGCUAAGUUACAUCACCAGCGAGGUCCACUGAAAUUGAACAAUGGAUAUCUAUGACCCCCAGACCCUUGGGAUAAUGGUGUUUGGUGGAUUCAUGGUGAUCUCUGCUCUAGGGAUUGCUCUUGUCUCCACCUUCUCCAUGAAGGAGACCUCUUAUGAAGAAGCCCUGGCUAAACAACGCAAAGAGUUGGGUAAAAUUCAAUCUACUCGCUCUGAGAAAAAGAAGAAAGAAAAGGUAUCUGAAAAGAAGGGUCGUGGAAAGAAGAAAGAAGAAAAGCCCAAUGGAAAGAUCCCAGAGCCUGAAAAAAUUCAAGAGGAAGUUGAAGUUGACGCAGUCAUCGAGUCUGCUGCUGCCCCAGUCGUGGCUGCUGCUCCCGCCCCUGCCCCUGAACCUGUCCCUGCUGUAGAGGUUAAGCCAACUGCGGCCCCAGCACCAGCAGACACCCAGUCAAAGGCCGCUGCUGAACCAACCCCUGUUCUUAGUGAGCCCUCACCUGCACCCUCACCUAAAGAGAAAAAGAAGAAGAAGGUGGCUAAGGUCGAGCCAGCCUCUACCCAAACAGCCCCAAUUGUGGCUGCCUCUGCGCCAGUCAAGUCCUCCUCAGUCCCUCCAUCAACCCAGGCCCCCAUGUCUGCCCCGACCAAAGCAACUGCCCCGUCUGCUGCGUCUGCCCCAACCAAGUCUGCCCCUGCAUCAGCUAAGUCUGCCCCAGCACCAACUAAGUCUGCCCCUGCACCAGCCAAAGCUGCUGCAGCCCCAGCCAAGUCUGCUCCGGCCCCAGCCAAGUCUUCACCUGCUCCAUCCAAAACUGCCCCAGUGCUGGAAGCUGUCACUAAAGACGUCCCAGUGAUGGCAGUCCCCCCAGUGGGAUCUCAGCAGGCUCCUCCUGCUGCAGGAAAAGCACAAGAGCCUAAGAAGAAGGCCUCCAAGAAAAAGGCAGAGCCUGCAGCUGUGGUGGAUUCUGCUGACGCUCCUCUGUACCUGCCCUACAAGGCUCUGGUGUCCACCAUCAGUAGCAUGGUGUUCAGUGAGGGAGAGGCUCAUAGGCUCAUCGAGAUCCUGUCUGAGAAAGUCGGCAUCAUUCAGGACACCUGGCACAUGGCCACUCAGAAAGGAGACCCAGUGGCCAUGCUGAAAAAACAGCUGGAGGAGAGGGAGAAACAACUGGCGGCAGAACAAGAGGAUGCUUCUGCUGCAAAGAACCGUCUCAGAGAACUCACCAAGGAGCUGUCUGCUGAGAAGUCCAAGGUUGCCAGUGUGGAGACGAGGCUGAGUUCCCAGCUGAGUAAGAGAGAGCAAGAAAUGAUUGCUCUGCAAGCUCGCAUGCAGGCCAGUUACCAGGACCACAUAGCCCAGACCCAGGGCCUCAAUGCAAAGAUCGUGAGCCUGCAGGACCAGCUGGAGAAAGGCCCCAAUGCCCAGCUGGCCCGCCUGCAGCAGGAGAACUCCAUUCUCCGCGACGCCCUGAACCAAGCCACUAGUCAGGCUGAGAGCAAACAAAAUGCAGAGCUGGCCAAACUGCGUCAGGAAUGUGCAAAGUUAACCAAGGAACUUGGAGAGAAGACAGAAAGUCUCCUCGCUGAUGAGCACAUCAGGAAAGGGCUGGAGGCCAAGGUGUCCGCUGCUGAGAAGCAGCUCGCCAUGCUUCAGGCCAGCCAUGGGGAGAGCGAGCAGGCAUUGCAGAGGAGAUUGGAGGAGGUGUGUGAGGAGCUCAGGGCAGCACAGGGUAGAAACAGCAGCCUGCAGGCCACUUUGGACAAUGCCCAGCAGGACAGCAGCACCCUCUCAGAGUUUCAGGUGCGUAUUGGGAAAUUGGAGGCUGAGAUCGGUGAGCGCUCUGCUCGGGUGGACACCCUCACUGCCCAGCUGGAGGAGACACAGGCAGAGAAAAACCAGCUUGUGCAGCAGGUGGCCACCAUUAACUCACUGCUGGAGGCCAGUCAGACCAAAAAGGAGGAGGAGGAUAACAAUCAGGUGAACGCUGCAGAAGUGGAACAGCUAAAGCUCAGCCUUCAGGAGAGAGACAACCAGUUGAACACGCUUCACGAGGAACUGAAGCAGCUGCAGAUGAAGCAGGAAGCUGCUGAGAACACUAUUGUUGAGCUAGAACAAAGAAAUAAAAGUGAGGAUGUCAGCCUUAUUGCAUCACUUCAGGAUGAACUUAAAAACCUCAAAGAAGAGAUGGUGCAACUUCAAAACACACCCCAGACAGACAGCUCCACAGAGCUGGAACUACUACAGAACAGCCUGACUGAGAAGGAUGUUCUCGUCACAUCACUACAAGAGGAGCUGAGAGAAGUGAGAGAAAAGACUACCACUGAUGCACAGAAUGUUACAGCAGAGCUGACAGCUUUUCAAACUGAAGCCAAAGAAACUCUCCAGACACUCUUCCCACAGAUACCCGUAGAGACAGAGCAGGCCAACUGGUUACAAGUAUUUACACAGAAAGCGCAGGAGUCUCUCAGCCAGCAGAGCCAGGAGUCUCAGUCAAGCACAGCGUCACCUGAGUUGCUUGAGAAACUGAAGGAGGCCGAGGAGAGCCAUGGCUCACUGCAGGCUGAAUGUGAACAGUACAGGACAGUCCUGGCUGAAACAGAAGGAAUGCUGAAACAUCUGCAGAAGAGUGUGGAGGAAGAAGAGCUGGUGUGGAAGUCCAAGAUGGCUAACUCAGAGGAACAGCUUAGGGUGGCUCUGGAGAAAGUCAGCCAACUGGAGGCAGAAACCCAAAGUGUAGAACAGUUGAAGGAGCAGAUGAUGCUUGUGGAAGCCCAGCUGGAGAAACAGUCAGAUAACCAGGGGAUCUCAGAGGAGAUGGAGCAGCUGAAGCUGCAGCUGUCAGAGUGUCAGAGCCAGCUGGAUUUGGCCCAGAAGGAGGCCCAGGCACACAAGGAGGAGCUUGCACAGGUCAGAGAGCAGCUGGGCGAGAUCACGAUGCGGGCUCAGCGAGAACAGAACGGCCCAGCUGAGGCUCAACCCAGUCAGUUUCAGAACGAGUUGAGUCAGACAACUGAGAAGCUGCACGGGGAGGUGGCUCAGAGACAGCAGCUUUCAGAGGAGUUUGAGCAGGCCCAGAAGACUAUAACAGAACUUCAGGCUCAGUUGGAUCUUGUGAAAGUUUCUGCAGAGUCACCACAAGCCGACACAGAAGAUGUUGCUCAGCUCAAGGAGCGCCUGGAGAAGGAGAGGAAGCUGUCCAAAGACUUGGGCCAGGCAGCCACCAAGCUCCAGCAGCUUCUCAAAGCCACUCAGGAGCAGCUGACCAAAGAGAGAGACACAGUGAGAACACUACAGGAGCACCUGGAGGGCAAGGGAGAAUACGUGGAGCUGAAGGAAGGAACAUCCGUCUGAGAGGAAGUUCACUGCAGACACUACAAAAAAACUGCCAAAUAUGCCUUAUGAUUACCAUAGUUAUGCAUUCCAAAACUAUUUCUUUCUUGUACUGUAGUUGAUUGCAUUUGUUGCAACUGUAGGAGUCAAAUGUUUGAUAUUAUGAACAUUUCAAAAUAAGAUUAGAGGAGACGAUCCUGCUACAAUCUUUAUUGAAACCCACAUUCCAUCAACAAUUCUGGCUAUGUCAGAAGUUAUUUAUCCCCCUGCCUUAUAUUCCAAACAUUUACCCAUAGUUCAGUGUUAAAAAGGGAAACCGAUUGUACGUCAAACGUACAUCAACCUGUGCAAUUACUUUGUAUGUCUUUUCUAUGUGGUUGAAUGAUGGAAACAUUUUAUGGUUCAAUGUUUCAUUACCUUUAGGGCCUGCUUUCCUCUGUAGCUGGCUGCCAAUUACAUGCAUCAAAUUUGUAUAAAUGAAUAAACUACAGUGUAGCUCUAUAUGUUUUUUUUCAGUGUCUUUUUUGCAAUGAGUGCAGGCAGGAAGCAAGGUAAAAGUUGGCUAUUAUAUUUUGACAUAGUUUCACAUCCGGUGUGAAUCAAAUGGUGAAUAUGUGCACUGUACAUCUGUCUCAUGACAAUUAAAACUCAACAGAGUUGGCUCAAGGUGACUACACUUGAAUCUUAAAACUUAAACCAUCUUCCCUGCCGUCAGCAGGAACCUGUGACAGCUCCUCUGUGCUGAGAACAUUGCUGGUUUCUGACAGGAAGUAGUACCAUGCAGCAGCAACCACACAGUAUACCAUCUUACAGCAAAAUGGAGGGUAGCUCUGAUCUCUUUCGUUAUCCUUUAAAAUCAUGACUAACAUGUUUUUUUAAAACUGAAAAUGUGGCGUUACAUUACUUAAAGCUUUAGACACUGAAAGGUCCAGAUUGCAUCAAUGGCUUCAGACACAAGGAAGUAUUUUACAAGAGGGAGUUAAUUUGCAGGCCUCUACAAGAGCCAUGUAUGCAGUUGUUUUAGGCAUGAUCUCUGUCUGUCUCUGUCAUCCUCCUCCCCACCACACCCACAGACAGCAUCUUUCCUGAGGGAACAAAGCAAAAUGAGCCGAUGGUGUGUGUGUGAGGGAAACAAAUGAAACUUUUAGUCCUCAAUUAACUUCAGCCAGCCUGAGUCUGCCACUGUCAGAUGGUGAGUCUGCACAAUUGUCUUAAUGGCUUCCGGGUUUUUAAUUAAUGUGAUGACACGCCAAACUGCAGUAAAAAAGCCAGCAGGACAUUUUGUUUCUAACAGCAACAGGAACAGAUGAACAGUUGGUAUAGGUAUAUACUGGACCCUGAAUUAAUGAAGUCUCUGCUGGUUUCCUUGCUACCUUUGAAGAGAACCAGGCUUGCUGUCUCCACCGGCUCCCAGUCUUUAUGCUAUGGUGGAAAUUUUGUCAGUGCUUAUAUUGUUUCAUUCUUCCCAUGUGUGUGACCUUUGCAUUCCCCUUUUGUAAACAUAUAUUAUUUGACAUCAUCAAGAGAUUUCCAUUCACUAUAAUCUCACCUUCAAAGACAGUCCAUUGACUGUUAACAGAUACAGCCGGUUACCUAACAUGUUAAAUUAAAUUGCAACAGGUAUGUUCCUCUGAUAUAAUCAAGAGAGCAUAAUUAAAUCAGGAGGGCCCAAGAAAGCUACUACUGAUUUCUUGUCAUCUUGUCGUCAGAGUGUAGGUAUAAAGAUGCCCUGUAUUCACUGUUCUGGGCACAACCCCUGACCUCUGAGCCCGAGAAUAAACUCUCGUGCACAAAGCUAUUCAGUCUUGCUUGCUGACUCCCAAACAGAUCGGCUAAAAAUUACAACAAUGCAAAGCUAAGCUGACAUCUCACUCAUGCCAAGAAAGUGAACCAGUAUAUUUCCCAAACAGUCAAACGAUUAAACUAUAAAUGGUAAUGCUGGUUGUGUUGCAAGUGUAAAAUAAGGCGCAAAUAUAAAAUCUGUGUGAAAGUGUGACCAUUAAAGGCAGAUAACCGCCUGUCUUUAUUUUAUUUAUGGUAUCAGUAUAAGAUUGAUGGAUCAAUCCCAAUUCUGGCACUGACAGGUCCUAGGUUUUUGGAAGGGAGGGAGAACUCUUGUGGUAUACAUCCAGGUGCUAAGACCAACCCCCAGCUUCCUGUUAGUUAUAGUCUUCAUCCACACUUAAAUUUUGGAAGGGUCCUUUGGCAUUUUCAGCUAAUGCAUCAGACACAAAUAGUAAAUACAAGCCCUGAUGUAAACCACUGUUAUUUAUAUUUCAUUUUUUUCCCCGAGAGCAGUUUCCAAAGCAAAACAUAAUAUGAUCAAAGUAAUUUCUCCUGUUCAAUUUUUUUUCCACAAUUUUAAGUACAUCACUGUAAUGCAAAAAAAAAGUACCAGUACAUUUUUCUCAGUUAAACUGUAUAAGAAUGGAAAUUCAAUCAAAUAAUGUGGUUCCAUAAUUAUCUCAGGACUGACCACUGGUAAGUUGGUGAAACCUGAUUACGUCAGAGUUUCCACUAUGAUUGUAUGCCAGAUCAAUGAAUCAGUGAGCCCACACCAUCUCAUUUCACUGGGAAAUUUAGAACCAAUUUGUGUGGAAAAAGAAAAAACACACACAUACUUGCACAACAGGUUGCAUUGAAUUUAUUUGACAAUACUCUGACACUGAUGCAUUUUCAGAUCAUCUUAGUUUCUUUGUAAAAGUUGUACUAUUCUUUAUAGGUAUUUAUCAAAGUGUAACAGUCUAGAAAAACAGAUUUAUGUCAAAUUUACAGACCCUGACAUUUUGACCUAGUAAACUCAACAUACACACAAGGAAGACAAAUGGUUUAUACUGGAGUAUGUUGGAAUUUGAAACAUCAUGUAUGCAAAUACAGUCAGGAAACUACUGAUGUGAAAAUUAUGAGACAGUCAAGUGACAGAAAAUAGUAUAAUUCUUGACAUGUCAAAGAAUGAACAAAAUUACAUCUGAACAAGACCGAUUUCACAGUCUGGAGUAACUUAAGAGUUAAGUAGGACACGAGCAUCAGGGGUUUGAGUUAAAGGAAUCCGACCCCAUACCUUCCCUUAAAGGUUUGUUGAAUCAAUCCAAAAGCAAAGUAGAUUUGGAAACUUUGUUAUUAUCCCCCACCCUCCUUAGUCCCUUUAAAUUCCUGAUGGCAUGAAAAAAAAAGGGAAAA